UUUCUGUUUGCUAGCUGCAGCUUGGUAUUUCAAGAUGCCAGUCGCUGCCCAACCACCAAAAGAUCAUAAUGGCUGGGAUAUUGUUUAGUUCCGUGAUUUUGACUUUGAGUCUGAGUGUGGUAACUUCGGCCCCUGCACUCGUGCCUUCUCUCAACGACAAUGGAGUUAUUUUAGUUCCAACCGAUAAUGGUUAUUACCUGAGGAUCGAUAUUGGGGGAACGGGGCGAGAGGAGACCGUAGAAAAGAUUGCGCCAGAGAAGCUUCAAGUUAGGGGAUCGUACGGACAACCCUUUCCAGGAUCCCAGUAUCUCCUGGUCACCUAUGAGGCCGGACCCAACGGCUAUGUGGCCAAGUAUAGCCUGUCUGAAAUUCAAACUCCGGUUCAGCACCUACCACCCUCAGUACUAAAAACGGCCGCCGGAUAAAAAAAUUGUGAAAUUAGAAAACAACAGUUUGUUAUAAGGACAAGGUCUUUGUUUUUAUACUUCGAUCUAGUUUGGGAAAAUAACUUAUACUUAGCUUUUAUGAUUUAUAAUAAUGAAGCCACUCUGAAUACCUUGAAGGUCAACAGCUGUUAAAACAAACAUAUUACUUAUUCACUAAAAGAAAAAAGAAGUAAUAAUAUAGUUGAAGACCUCGACUAUCAUAUACCUCUUACCCAGCAAACCAAUUUAGAGCAAUGAUCCGAUAUCUAUUAUAUAAUAUAACAUUAUAAUAUUUUUUCGAUUUGCGAGUGAAACGAAAAAAACCAAUUUAAUACAAUUACACAAAAUAUAAGGUAUAAUUUAAAAGCAGACGGCCUCGACUAUCAUAUACCUCUUACUUAGCAACCAAUUUAGAGCUCAUGGUUCGAAAUUUAAUUUAUAAAAU